CCCGUAGGUGCCAUGCUGUCAAUGGACUCAGGAUCCUAUCAGCCGCGCAGAACAAUGAGCUCUGAGGCCAUGGCCUGCUGCCGGUGCGGUGCUAGCCGCAGUUUAUCACACUUCUCGAAACACUUUGAUCACCUGCCUGCAAAUGGCUGGGAGGACUGGUAUAAAUGCGGCCGUCUGCACGGACAGCUCACUCGUUCAGUCGCAGCUGAGCUGGAAUAUAGACAGAUGGCCAUGCCGACCGUACACGGUAAACUCCUGCCCGGAGACUUCGCUCAGUUCCAGCCGUUUCCAUCCGGAGCCCUCGAGAGGAGCACCAGCGCUCAGCUCACAGACUACAGCCUGCAGGACAGUGUGAGGCAGGUAAAGCCCAGCAGGCAGAUAGAACCCAGAGUGGACAGCAUGGCCCUGCUGACACACCGCAGAAAGAGAACCAACUUCACUCAGCAGCAGAUCGAAGUUCUGGAGAAAGUAUAUUCUGACACCAAAUAUCCUGAUAUUUACUUAAGGGAGAGACUGGAAGCUUUGACUGGUUUACCAGAAUCUAGAAUUCAGGUGUGGUUUCAGAACAGACGUGCCAAGUCCAGACGGCAGGUAGGAAUGCCCAUUCCCAUGAAGCCCAGAGGAAACAGCCAGAAUGCGACCAAAGUGCCUACAUCCUCUUUCCCGGUGUUACAAACCCAGCCUGAUCUUCAGCAGAUGGCCAGCUUUGCCCUGAGGGACUCCUUCACCCAACCAAUGAUCAGCGCAGAGCAGAGGCACUGCAGGGCUGCAGAUCACAGUUAUGACUCAACCGCCAUAUCAGGGCUAUUUGGUACAACUGAAGAUACAAUCAAAACAGACCAUACCAAGCAAGACAUGGCACCCUGCAGCAGCCUCUAUCAGUUUCACAGGGCAGUCGGACACGUACCGGCUCAAAACAAACUGGAAUCUGCACCUAAACACGUGUUGGUGGACUAUGACAAUUUCCCUCCGAACAGGACCAUCGGCCCCGACAUGAAAGUGGUCAUUCCUCCCAUUCCAACACAGAUGAACUUCCGCAGGUCAUCACCCAAACAGCUCACCUGUCCAGUCCAGCACAUGCCAAUCAGAAUGCAGCAGGAAAGCUUUGGUCAUUUUUCACCAAUUCGCAGUGAUGCAGGAGAGUUCUCAGAUUCUGACUCUGACUGGGAGAAGGAGGCCAUGGCUAGCUUUGCUGGUUUUAUGUAGUAGCUUACAGUUAAUACUAGGACUGUUGUCACACACUGUCCCACCACCACAAUGAGUCAUAGACAA